AAAGACCUCAGGAUGGACAUGCGCUGUGUCCGAGCGCCGCCCGGGACAGGUGCUGGCCACAGGGGACGGAUUCCUCGCGUCACCGAGCCCAUCUGGGGGUUGGGGUGGAGGGUGUUUCCUUGACGGAUUUUUGUAAACCCCCACCUCCCGGCGGAGCGGAGACCAUGGCCCCUCAGGGCUCCCGGGCCCCGCUGGAAUUCGGGGGACCCUUGGGCGCUGCGGCGCUGAUGCUGCUGCUCCCCGCCACCAUGUUCCAUCUGCUCCUGUCCCCAGGACUCACCCUGUGCUGGGGUUCAGGCUUCCAGGCCCUGGUGCUGACAGCCCUGCUGGUGGGCCUGGGGGUGUCGGCCGGGCUGCCCCUGGGAAUGCUCACGGAAAUGCUCCUGCCCUUGGCGUGGGUGGCCACCCUCACCGCCUUCAUCUUCAGCCUCCUCCUCUAUCUGAAGGCGCUAAUGGCCCCUGCCUCCGCCCUGGCACCUGGAGGGAACUCAGGCAAUCCCGUUUACGACUUUUUCUUGGGACGGGAGCUCAACCCGCGCUUCGGUUCCUUUGACUGCAAAUACUUCUGCGAACUGCGGCCUGGCCUCAUCGGCUGGGUCCUCAUCAACCUGGCUCUGCUGGUACAGGAAGCAGAACUUCGGGGGAGUCCCUCCCUGGCCAUGUGGCUGGUCAAUGGCUUCCAGUUACUCUAUGUGGGUGAUGCCCUCUGGCACGAGGAAGCUGUACUCACCACCAUGGACAUCACACACGACGGGUUUGGCUUCAUGCUGGCCUUUGGGGACCUAGCCUGGGUACCCUUCACCUACAGCCUGCAGGCCCAGUUCCUGCUGUACCACCCACAGCCCCUGGAGUUACCCACGGCCUCAGUCAUCUGCCUUGUCAAUGCUGUUGGUUACUACAUCUUCCGUGGAGCCAAUUCCCAGAAAAACACCUUCCGAAAGAACCCUUCCGACCCCAGUGUGGCCGGCCUUGAGACCAUCUCUACAGCCACGGGGAGGCAGCUGCUAGUGUCUGGGUGGUGGGGUAUGGUCCGCCAUCCCAACUAUCUGGGAGACCUCAUUAUGGCUCUGGCCUGGUCCUUGCCCUGUGGGGUGUCCCACCUGCUGCCUUACUUCUACCUCCUCUACUUCACUGCGCUGCUGGUGCACCGUGAGGCCCGGGACGAGCAGCAGUGCCUGCAAAAGUACGGCCUGGCCUGGCGUGAAUAUUGCCGCCGUGUGCCCUACCGAAUUGUGCCUUACAUCUACUGAAGUGGCUCCACCUACCCAAGGUUGAGGCCUGUACCCACCCAUCUGCCAGCACACCCUGCAGCAGGAGCCUGGACGUCUAGGACUCAAAAGCCUGCACUCAGUCCUGCCGAGCCCCAACAGGCAGGGAUGACAGCCUCAGAGCAAGGAGAAAAUGAAGGCAGUACCCAAAAAUGGAGUGGAGGUUGCUCUUCCUUCUUGGAUAAACAUCUGGAACCCUU